UUUGCAUGCGUGUGUUGGAAGCGCCACCUAUCAUCUUACGGUUACAGCAGCUGAUAACAAGAUGUAGAUUCCUUACGGUAUAAAAAGAUGUAACACAUUGGGGACACAAUGGACAAUGCGUCAUUGUGGGGAGUCAUUAUUUUACUCCCAAUAUGGGCAGCUCUUGCUGAUCAAGCAUUAUACAUGGACACCUAUGGACAUUGCAAUAUGGACGGAUAUUAUCCAAUCAGUGACGAGACGGUUACCUUGAGCGGCAGGGGAGGGGGGCAGGCAUAUAAGACAAUGAUCUGUGUUAUUAAAUUCAGGGCUGAAAGAGAUGAACAAAUCUGCAUCAUUUUUGAUAAAUUGAGUAUCAAUGAAAGAGGAACUAAUCUGUUGAUUUUUGAUGGCCAGCUAUCCAGUGGUGAACCUAAGUACAACUUAGGGCAGCGCAGUUCAGCCUCUAGUUUGUGUAGUACGGGAAGAUACCUUACAGUUAAACUGGAGAAGGAAAAUUACAGAUCAACUAGUUAUCAGUUUAAAUUAAGAAUUUUAGAGGAAAGUCAAACUGAUGGUUUAAUAAACGGUUUAAAUGGUUUUGUGAUGUCAGUUGGAGUAAUAAUUGCCAUCAUUAUUUGUGUCGUGGUGCUGAUCACAGUUUUUGCCGUUGUUAUCGUCUGUUGCUGUUGUAAAACUGGCGGGAUAACCCAAUCUAAAGGAAUAAAGAUGAAUCGACAAUCAGGACCACAACAAGGGUGUAGCAAUCAACGUCCAGCUCCAUCAGCUCCACCACUACAGGAGUAUGGACAUGAUGGAUAUCAUUCCGUGCCAAUACAAGACGGUGAACCUCCGCCAGCGUACUCAGAACAACCACCGCCAUAUACAACUACUGAUAUUCCGUCUUGACGAAUCAAAAGCUGCCACCAUUUGUAAUGUGUUGUCUAAGUAGUAUACUAUUAACUGAUUAUUUUUGAAAAUCAGGGAGAUAUUUAUUACCCUAGAGCAUGAUAUUUAUUUAAUAUAAUAGGUGUAUGAUAUCAUGUUAUUUAUGAUAACACACAAAGGAAAUAUCUUCAAAUUUAAACUAUCUUCCUUUAGAAACAUAUUUUUAUAUGUAAUCAUUCAACACAUAUAUAUAAGUACGUCUUACAUAUAAAUGAGAGAGAGAGAGAUAUAAGUAGUACAAUCAGGGUCACAUUUUAGUGUCGCCUGACAGCAAAGCUGAGCGAUGAAGGGAUCAUCUCUUCACAUAAGGAUCACCUCUUCACACAAGGAUCACCUCUUCACAUAAGGAUCACCUCUGUUGUUUUGUUUUCUCAUCAUUCAUGUCCAAGUUUGUCAACCUGCAACUCUUGGAAAACAUUAAUUUACAGCAAUGAGACCCACCUUACAAUAGUUUUGUCCAUUUAAUAUUUCUGAUUAACAACAUAAUUUUGUGUUCAGUAUAGAGAGGAGUGUGAUCAGACUGAGGAGAUUAUAGUUUUUCUGGCCUCUAUAUUACUUCCUGUUAUAUUAGAUUUACACCCACUCCUGGUGUCCUCCAUUAACAGUGCAUUAUAAUAGUGUCCUUCCAUAGAUGUAUAAACCCAUAUCUAUGGGUUCAUACAUCUAUGGUCCUUCCAACCUGUAGAUCAGCGUACUAUGACAUACAUCAAAACUUGUGGGAUAAACUUGACACUCACAGUAUUGUGAAAAGAUAACAUUUUGUUAAUGUUUUCUAAAGAUUUUUGUAAAGAACAUUCUGAUUGAAAUCAGAUAUUUCACUGUUUUCCCGGCUUUAUGUUUGCCUUCUGUGAAUCUAGGACAGGUGAAGGAAGUCAACUUUGGAGCGCUGUGAUUGGAUGUAAGGGUAUAUACUAUAUGUUUUAUUUAUUUCUGAAUAACUGCAGUGUGUAUAGUUACAAUAUGAAUUAUGAACCACAUCGAAAUAUUUUCUUGAGAAUUAUUCGAAAAGGCUUCCAAAUUUUCAUAAGUUUGAUGGAAAUUGGCGGUGACCAUGCCUAUGAACAAGCUCCGUUCGAAGAUGGUCGUGCUACCAUUGAUUUCAAUUCCUAAAAUAAAAUAAUAAAGUUCUUAUAUCACACAUAACUGUUUUGUCAAGGUUUUUAUUAUAAAAAGUUGUAAAUUUAGAAAAUUUAGGUAUUGUCGCCUAUGGAGAAAUUAAAAUACUACCCGGCUUUUCUCCGGCUACAUGAACGACAUGCAAUUAUAACGGAGCACAGUGACAGAUCUAAUUUUAAUCAGAAUUGUGUAAAAAAUCAAUCUGACUAUGAGCAGAUAGACUCAUUUUCGCUAAACAAAGGGUUGCGAUCCAGUCCCCUCCUCUCCAAGGGUUACGAUCCAGUUCCCUGGAGAGGAGGGGACUGGAUCGUUACCCCUGGCUAGCGAAGAUGAGAUCAUGAGACUAGGCUCAGUGGCUGUCGGUUUUAUUUUUUUGUAAGAGACAGUUCUUUAAACCCAUAGUGUAGUUUGACUGAUUGACAGUUACAUAGUUUGUUGUAGGCAAGUGUAUGGUUGAUCCUAAUGAAAUAUCGGUUUGCAAAUUUUUGUUUUGGACAGCAAGUGUAUGGUUUGCAAAAUAUUAGUCUUCAUGACUGUAUAUAAGCUUAUGAAAUUCAGAAAUUAGCUUCAAAAUUUCAAAAUCACAAUAUUCUCUUCAAUGAAGUGUUUUUCAAAAGUUAAUUAUAAAUGUAUCAAACUUAGAUAAAGAUAGAUGUGUAAGUUUGUUGUUAGAGAUACAGCCAUUGAAAAACAGAAUUUUGAUUGGUAAAACGAUCUCUGGAUUUUUUCUUUGAAUUGCAAACAUUAGUAAAACAAACAUUUAUAUUUUGGACUUAAUCAUUAUGAUAUGAGAAAUAAGGUAUGGAUAUUUUUGAUUGUACGUAAAUUAUUUUAUGAUUGUAAAUGUUUUUCCAACUGUAGUUAUUAUGGAUGAGUAUUAUUCUAGUCACUGAAGGGAUAUUAGUAGUAAGUAUUUUAGCAAAAAUAUUUUGGCUCUCGAAUCUUUUCCCUAUGAUUGCCAGUUAUACUGCCGAAAGUCUGUGGUUCUCUCCGGGCAGUCCCUCCAACGAUAAAAACUGGCCGUCACGAUAUAGCCAGUAGUACUGAAAGUGGCGUUAAAAACCAAGAAUCAAUCAACCAAUCGAAUCUUUUUCUCCAUGCAAAAGUUAUUUUUUGUGCCAUUAUAUUUUCAUUGAAUCAUUGUGCCAUCCACGACAGAAUAAAAUGGUUCGUUUUUAAUAGACCCUUGUUACAUUCCACAUGGACAUUUUCAGGGUCCCUAAAUGUACAUUUUACUUGGUUAAAAUUAUUAUGUCCCUACUCUAGGUAUAUUUUUCAAAAUUUAGGGCUUUAUGAUUUUAGAUAAAAUUGGAUAAAUCUUCCUGUCCGAAGCAUUUUUUCUCGAGUCUAGAGUAGAUAUUAUUAUUGUGUUCUUGCCUUUUUUGUUACAUUUUUACUUCUAUUUGACUGCCUUGAAAGAAUGUUAAGUGGAUUUUCUUACCACUGUCGACACUUAAAAUACAUAUUGUGCUUCUUUAUUGUUUAUAUAUGUUUGCUUUUGUUAAUAUUAAUUUAUAAAUUGUGUUUUGUUGAUGUUUACGAUUAGUGCAAUAGAUAUAAUAGUAUGGAAAUGUGAUAUUAAUUAUUUAAUAUAGAAUUAUGUAUUUCUACACAAAUAUUUAUUUAACUUUAUACUAGGUUGUUAUUGUCCUAAGCUAUAGGUAUCUGUAAAACAGGUAAUUAAGGUCAUAAUAAAAAGGGUUCUAGAUUUUCAUUCCCCCAUCCAAUUUUUCAGAGCAAAACUAAAUUAGUUUGAUAUCCGACUAUUUUCUUUCAUUUUGCUUGAGGUUUUUAUCAGAGAUGGUUAAAAAAAAGAAAAGUCUACCAUCGCCUUCCUCAAUUAUUCAAAGAAAUUGAAUGAGAAUCUAGGAAUGUUCUUAUAAUGACCUAACUGUAAAUGAUAUGAUUGUAAUAAAAAAAUUAGGUUGAA